UUUGUAGAAUCUAUGCCAAGAUGCAUUGAAGCUGUUCUGUCUCGUGGUGGCCCAACGCCCUAUAAAGACACUAUGUUGGCGUUUCCUUUAUUUUGGCAGUUACCUGUAUAUCUCUGUAUGGUGGAAAACUCUUAUUUUCGUCUGUUAUUUUUUACACUCUCUUUCAUUCCUAAUACCAGUUUUUCAUCAACACACACAUAAAGACACACUUUUUUUUUUUAUUCCACACCACAAUCAGUAGUCUCACUGUUGGUAGCAACAGGUGCCUGUUCCCUGAGUAAAACCCAGUAGAGUGCCUCUCACUUCUUGUUACUGUAAUGAUGGAAAAAUGCACUCUUCGCUUUGAUCCAGAACCAAUGCUGUUGCUGUCUGUGAUGGAAACACUCACUGAGCAUGGUGGGCUUUUAUCAGAGCUGACUUUCUUUAAUCAUGUCUUUCAUCAUCGAAGCGAAACAAUGGUUAUUUUGUGAUUCAUUUUUUUCCCCGACACAAAGCCACUAUUAUGAUAAACCAUUCUAAAAAGCAGCAUGUGUGCAUACUUAUAUGCCCAUGAAAGUGCCAUACAAUUCCUAAUAAUGGCACCAGAGCAUUGGUGCAUUAUUUCUCUGGAUGCUACAGUACCUUAUUCCACCAAGCGAGGAAGAGCUCAUUACUGAACAAUAUUUCCCGUCAUGCCAAGAACACUGUGUCAUUGAGAGAGAAAGAGGAGUGAGAGAGAGAGAGAGAGAGAGAGAGAGAGAGGCAGGGGAAGAGAGAGAUAUAAAGAGAGAAGGAAAGAGGGAAGAAGAGCGAGAGAGACAGAGACAGAGAGAGCGAAAGAGAGGAUGCUGAGCAUUUCCCUCGGGAGUGUUUCUUCUUGAGGAGACUUUCAGAGAGUAAGAGUGAUGAUUGCUGAUUUGACACGGCGUAUGCAGCGAGGGAAGGACAAGCGGAGAUAAACAGUGUUUGUAAACACAAAGUAGCCAGAACAAAAGAAGAAGAAAAAGCAGGACAGAAACACACCGCCAGAGGACGGCUUGGAGAAAAUCAAGUGCUGGCGAGAAGAAUGCAAGGAAACGCCCCUAAUGGAAUGGAAUAGUACAAUGGCUGCAUUGAGGAAAAACGACAACCCUCCUUUUCAACCAGAAUCCCACCACUAGGCUGUAUUAAAGCAGUCGAGGGUACUGAAUUAAUGUCAAGCGUCUCGUGGAGGCAGCAUCAUGCUGCACCGCUGGAAGUAGCUGGAGGACCACCCAUGGAGAUUCCGCCUUCUCGACGUUCUCAAUGCUCCUAACACACACCAAGUAAACAGAAAUGCCUUCAAAGGUCAGCUGCUUAUACUUGUUGACGGUCGUUUGCUGGGCUAGCGCUCUCUGGUACCUGAGUCUGUCCCGUCCCUCCACCUCCUACGUGGGCCAGCUGUCCAUCCCCAUCCGCCAGAAGACCAAGCUCACCAAGAACGUGACCUUCAGCAAUAUACGGACUCGGCCGCUCAACCCGCACUCCUUCGACUUUGUCAUCAACGAGCCCAAGAAGUGUGAGACGGAGGCACCUUUCUUAGUCAUCCUGAUCAGCACCACCCACAAGGAGUUUGAUGCACGUCAAGCGAUUCGAGAGACGUGGGGCGACGAGAGCACGUUCGGCGAUGACGUUCGCGUCCUCACACUCUUCCUGCUUGGGUGGAACACGGAUCCGGUGCUCAACCAGAUGGUGGAACAGGAGAGCCAGAUCUUCCACGAUGUCGUGGUGGAGGACUUCAUAGACUCCUACCACAACCUCACCCUCAAGACCCUGAUGGGCAUGCGCUGGGUGGCCACCUUCUGCCCCAAGGCACAGUACGUCCUCAAGACGGACUCGGACAUCUACGUCAACAUGGAGAACCUGGUCUACAACCUCCUCAAGCCCGCCAGCAAGCCGCGGAGACGCUACUUCACGGGCUACGUCAUCAACGGAGGUCCGAUCAGAGACAUGCGCAGUAAGUGGUACAUGCCCAGAGACCUUUACCCUGAGACUAAGUACCCGCCUUUCUGCUCGGGCACUGGGUACGUGUUCUCGGCGGAUGUGGCCGAGCUCAUCUACAAGACGUCCCUGCACACCAGACUGCUUCACCUGGAGGAUGUGUACGUGGGGCUGUGCCUUCGUAAACUGGGCAUCCACCCCUUCCAGAACAGUGGCUUCAACCACUGGAAGAUGGCCUACAGUCUGUGCCGCUACAGACGGGUCGUAACGGUCCACCAGAUCUCCCCGGAGGAGAUGCACCGCAUCUGGAAUGACAUGACCAGCAAGAAACACCUCAAGUGUUAAUCAGCUACCUACAGUUAGUGCCAAUGUGAAGAGGCCCUGAAAUCUUCAUCUUCUUCUUCUUCUUCUUUAUUGCUUCUUCUCUUCCUCCUCCUCUGCCCCUUCUACCUCUUCCCAUCUCUGCUUUUCUUUGUCACUGUACAGCACAUGACCCUGAGGGAGCAGUACUGUAACAAUAACCAUCUGGCCGUUUGCAUAGUCUAAGUGGCGCUUCGCUAAAUGCCUCUUUAUCAGACCAAGGUUUCUCUCUGCUUUUGUAACUCCUGCGUUCUCCCCCUAUUAAUGAGUUUAAAGGCCACAGUUUAGAAAAUAAAAUGAUUCUGUAUAUUUUCUGAAAUAUGUUUGAUUAAAAAAUCCACUCUAUGAAAAUCAAAUAAUGUCCCAUGCAACAGUAUACCAUUUGCACCAUAUGUUGUUUAUGAGAUGAAAUCACUAAAACACAGAGGUAGAAGCUUAGCAGUGGGACAGAAUUGGCUCAGAUGCUAUUAGGCUAAUCUAUGUAGGCAAUGCUGCUAAUUUCCAGAAAAAGUCUGGCCCUAUUACUGAAGUAGUAGGGAUGAUAAGAAAUACCAAGAUAUACAACCUAUGUAAACGUUCUGCUGUCAGUUAGGUUGAUAAUGAAUGUCCACUCUUAAUUUCCAGUCUUUGUAUAUUUAAUAAAGAUGUAUUUGUGGGAUGCACUGUUUUGGUACCGCAACAGAUGUUGUCAUAGUGAAAAGACCAUGAUAAGUUCACAAUAGACAUAGAUUGAGUGUUCAUUGGAAUGAUCUAAGAUCGUUAGAACAGGAGACUAACAGUUCAAUGGACCUACUGUGUGACACGACGGACAUACAUGCCUCUGCAAUUGAGUUGUAAUAUACUGUUUUAAAGAUCAAACCUAUUUUCUUACUAUGGAUCUGGAGUCCUUUGUAUUGUACUAGGUAGAGAAUGACUUCAUUUCUUGGACACCCGUAUUUCUUAUGGGACGGUACAAAUGGCGAUAUAACGCCAUUAACCACAUGCAUUCCCCGGUGAAUGUUAUUCCAUCUGUAUGUGAGGCGCAAUUCUUUUUCCCCCGCUCUUUAAGCCGCGCGGUGACGAGACAGACGGCAGAGUGUUAUAUUUUCUAUUACUUGAAACCAGAGGGACGACACGACCAACGGCUGCAUUACAUUAAAGACGUGUUUCAUUUGA